AUGUUCUUGAGCCCAAACAACUACGCGCCCAUUUGUGAUUUUAUGAUCGACAACCCUCAGGAAGGUGAGAAACGGGAAAAAGAAGUAUUAAACUCAAAAAAAAAAAAAGAAAAAUAAAUACGUGAUGCGUAGAUCCUCAUUUGUUCUCAUUCGCCAAACUUUUGCGCCGCUGUUUCCUUGUUUUAUGAGAAAAUCCUUCAAUCGCAACGGUUUUAGGUAAGAUUUAAAGGGUUUUUAAGUGUUCAGAACGGGUAAUUUGUCUCCAAACUCUUUAAAAUCGGGAAAAAUUGACUUUUUGAAGCAUCUUUUCGACAUAAAAUGAAUUACUGUGAAUUUGGUACCUUGCCGAAUGCUCCAGAUUGCUCCAAAAUAGGAUAAAAAACUUUUUUUCUCAUUUAGAGACAUUUUGCAACUAAAUAUACGGUUUUUAAUCGUCCCUUUUCAUUGGAAACUUCAUGGUCUUACGAUUUUUUUUUCGAAAAACUAGUGAAAAAUAUUUCAAAAUCAAAAGGAAAUUCGUCAGACGACAAUUUUCCCACGGUAAUGCUCCUUUUCCAUUGGAUGAGUCAUAAUGAGUCACAUAAUAUUACGGAUAAAUAAGCUUAAUCACCAAUUAACAUCUACAAACUGAAGAAAUUUGCAGGGCGGUUGUCAAGAAAAAGAAAGAAACUGAAGUUUUGCGAAACAAUAGCGUCGUUUCCCACCGACGCAUUCGUUGAAACGAUCGCCUACGCUGGUAGUGUAUGCGAUUCGACGGUUAUUUUUCGUAACCAAAAUCUGUAGGUUCUCCUGGACCCCUUUGAGACCCAAGUAUAAUAUUUCCCAUUUUCAGCACAACUUCCAAACCGAAAUAAUAACAAAAACAUCAACGCGAACACCAACAAAAACAACAAAAAAUGGCUCUCAACGUGAACCGCAGUGUCCCUGACCCGUUCUACCGCUACAAGAUGCCGAAACUUCUGGCGAAAGUCGAAGGAAAGGGCAACGGCAUCAAAACCGUCAUCGCCAACAUGUCGGAAAUCGCCAAGGCCCUCGAACGGCCCCCAAUGUGUGCGUAGAUUGACCAGAUUUUCCUUUUUUGUGUCGUUUUUUUUUGUCUUGUUGUCCGUUUGGUAACUUACAUGUAGCCCAUUCCGCGCCAGGUUUCACGUUUUUUCAGCCGAAAAUACCGUAUACUAUCAAAAAUGAGCAUUUCCGCUUCAAGACCUGUUUUUUGCUGAAUUUUUGUUUACAGUUACUUUUUCCUUCUGUUCGUUCAAAACGUGACCGCGCGGAACGUUUUUUUCAAAAUUACAUCUUUAGGGAGGUUUCUCCGUAGAGCAUCUAUUCACAAGAUGAUGCGGAACAUGGUGCGGAACAUGGAUAUCGCAUCCUCGGCGCGUUUCUAGUGACCACUUUAAUAGUGAAAGAAAUCUUAAGUGAUCCCUAGAAUCGCUCAGAGACGUCCUUUUCGCUUUACCAAUGUUAGAGGCGCGUUCCAUUACCGUAGUCUUUGAGAAGAUUCAAUUUUUAGCUCAUUUUUCUUUCGUUAUUUUUUUUUUUCAAACUGGUGUUGUCGAAAUUCAGGGCUGGUGCCUUCCUUUAAUUUUUUUAAAAAAAGAAAAAGACCUCAAAGUUAAGCUUAAAAAUUUCGAUAUUGCGCAUUAUUUUGUGAAUAGAUGCUCUAUGGAGAAACUCGUAAAAGUAUGACUUCGAAAAAAGAAAUAAAAAGCUUGUAACGCAAAAAGUAACGUCCAACUUAAAAACAUUUAGAAAGUUUGAAUUUUUGGAUGUGCAUCUUUAUGCCACGUGUCAAGUGUUUCACGCGAAAUUUUAAAUCAACUCUGACUCUCUAAAAUUUAAUCAUCUUUUCCAUUCUCUGACGGCAACUUUGAAUUAUUGUGAACAUUAAGUUUAAUGUUUAUAGCCGUAUGUCCGAUGAGUAAUCUACGUUUACUUUUUAAAUCUUAGAUUUUUCAUUUUGAUGACGUGCUCCGUUUUUUUUUUUGAGUGAAUCACUUCCUGGUGUUUGAACGAACUUUUUUUGCUCCAUUCCGAGAGUUAUGAUUCGUUUUUUUAAGACCCGACCAAGUACUUUGGUUGCGAACUCGGAGCCCAGACGAACUUCGACGCGAAAAAUGAGCGCUACAUUGUCAACGGCGAGCACGACGCCAACAAGCUUCAGGACAUCCUCGACGGAUUCAUCAAGAAGUUUGUCCUGUGCCCGGCCUGCGAGAAUCCCGAGACUCAAUUGGUUAGUUUUUUUUUAGGUUGAACCGUUCAAAAUUACAUUCUUAUCAAAAGGCUUUAUCUCAUUAACAUCAAUAGAUAUUUAAAAAAAUCCAUUUUUGUAUAGACCUUUCAAUCUCCUUCCUUCUUUCCUUAAAUUGCUGUUUUUUCGAAUCAAACAUCUAAUGUAAGGUUCAUGAAAGUGGGAUGAUUAACAUUAAUUAAAUAACAAGUUGGUGAGAAACUGGAUUUUUUCUAGAGCUUUUUCCUAUUUUAAUUGUUCUAAAAUCGAAAAACUUGAGAUUUUUUUUUUUGAGGUUUUAGUGAAAUUUUCGUGAAAAUGACAUUUUGGAACACUUAGUGAUGAAAAUUUAUUAUUUUUAAUCGUCUUUCAUUUUUUUUUUCUUGCUCGAACAGUGUCGGAAUGUAAUCUAAAAGCUGAAAGGGAGAGGUUUAAAAAAGGCCGCAAAAAGGCGGCAGAAAGGAUGCAAAAUGAGUCCCUAUCUCGAGCCUUGCAUUUUAGAAUUUCAAAGACACAAAAAAUGGUGAAAAAAUAGUAUAAGAGUCGAUAAAAAGGCGUAAAUAGGCAGCAAAAAAGGAGCCUUUGCCACCCAAAAAUGAAGUUUUAUAUGGAGCCUUUUCCACCCUUCACGACUUUUCCUUCGUUUUUCUGUUCAUUUUCAAAAAAAUGAAAUUAAAAAAACGUUAAAUUUUUGCAGCUUGUCCGGAAAAAUGCGAUCAACAGCAAGUGCAAGGCGUGCGGCCACGCGUUCCUCAUCGACAACCGCCAUAAGCUCUCGACGUUCAUCAUCAAAAAUCCACCCAAGAUUGACGUUGACUUUUGUACGUGUAUAUGCGCCCCAUUGCGAAUUCAUUCCGUCCUAUCUUCAGCCAAAGUCGAUCAGAACGCGAAGAAGGCUUCGACGGCGGCUGCCGAGGCGGAUCCCAUCAUCGAGGCUGCCAAUGGCAACGGGGUUUAGUUUUGACCGAUUUUUUUUCAGUCCUAAUUGGUCUCUGGGAAUGUGGCUUGUAGGCGGGAUUACUGCUGGAAAUCGAAAUUUAGUUCAGAAAACGGCGCAGAGCUUUUGAUUUUGAAGACAUUUCUCAAAGAAAUGGAACCAGUUCAAAUUUAGAGUCUGUUCAGAUUUUGAGUGGAGUCCUAGCUCAAGCUCCGCCCCUUAUGGCGCGCUAAACCAAUCAGAAAGCGAGCCGUCCACAGGGCGUUUAAAAAUGACGUCAUUGUACUUGAAAUUAAGAAUCUGAACAGACUGUAGAGCUUUUUCGUUUAAAAAUGACGUCAUUGGACAGAUUUCAAAUGGAGCUGUAACUAGUUGAAAUGUCCAGAGAUUAUUGAGAUUCUCUAAAAGAAGAAGUUCAAAAUUGAAUUUCAGGGCAGCUCGAACGAUGAUGACGAUGACUGGGAGCCGGAGCCGGUCGAAGAAAAUGGAGCCCUGACGUCGGGAAUCGGAAAGCUGGUGCUGGACAAGGACCUCGAGAAGAGCGAAGAUCAGCGUCUCGACAUGCUCCAUCAGUUCUUGCUCAAGGCCAAGGAGGAAGACCGCCUCGAGGACCACAAGACGCUGCUCAACGAGGCCGAACGGCUGGAGCUGAAGCAGAAGGCCUCGCUCCUGCUGGCCAUCGUCCUGCUCGACGAGAAGAUCCUCGCCGAGCAGCAGCUCGCCAAGAACCGCAAACUCUUCCUGAGGUUCACCCUCAACGACAAGAAGGCUCAGCGCUACCUGAUCGGCGCCAUCGAGCAGCUCAUCGCCAAGCACGAGGACAGCCUCCUGCCCAAGUCGGCGCACAUCGUCAAGGCGCUCUACGAUACGGACAUCUGCGAGGAGGAGGCCAUCCUGGCCUGGGCUGAUAAGGUGUGUAGAUGGAGAAGAGAUUGUGGUCCUGUUGAAAAAGAUGGUUUUCUUCUGGAAUGAAUAGAGUUUGAUCUGUAGGUGUAGCUGAUUCACGGCAGGAAAGUGGGUCCUGACACGAUUUAAAUAGGAGAUAGUGUUUGGUUGGUGGAGAGCGCAGAAAAACCGAGCCUAUUAGCGUUUCAAGCUAGCCGUGAAUCGACUGUAUUAAGCCCCCAAAUUUCAUCAAAUUUUUCGGCUUUGAAGUCCCCAAUUUCAAAAAAAAAGCUAAUUUUGACCCCUUUAUCGAGAAUUAGGAAGAUUAUUCGAGUUACGGUAAAAGAGCUAUUCAGCUGAGUAACGGCUGGCUUGAGCCAUUGAAAAAUGGGUCCUGACACGAUUAAAAAAGGAGAUAGCACAUGGCUAAUAGAGAGCGCAGACAAAAAACGACUCUCAGCGCGUCAGGAUAGACGUGAAUCGGCUAAACGCCUCCUAAAAACCCAAAAAAAUCUUGAAUUUAAUAAAUUUUUUCCAAAAAGUAUGUUUUUUUCCAGCCGUCCUCAAAGUACGUCGAAAAGUCGAUGGCCAGGAAGAUUAUCAAGAACGCCGAGGCGUUCAUCAACUGGCUCCGUGAGGCCGAGGAAGAAUCGGAGGAGGAUUCUGACAUUGAUGUGAGUAGAUCUUCGGAAAUUCAUGGUCAUUAACUUCCUUUUUUUCAGUUCGACGACCGCGGCAAGGAGAGCGAGUACCUGAAGAAGCAGAAGGAAGAAGCGGCGCGGAAAGCCGAGGCCAAGGGCGGAAAAGUGGCUCCCGAGGGCCCGAAGGCCGGCUCCAAGUCUUCGGAGGACGACGAGGACGAUGCCGAUGACGUCGACAUUGACAACAUCUGA